AAUAUAGUGGACUACUCCCAAAUAAGCUAAAUAAAAGAGCUCAAGAAUCUUCUCUUUCCUACUCUGCAAAUUAAAAAAACUCAACCUCAUCCCAUCUUCAUAGCAUAAUAUUGCUACUGGUAUUAGGCUAUCAGCAUUCCCCUCCUUUCCUCUUCGAGUUUUUACAUUUGUUUUCUUUUAGAUUGGUCCUUGGUCACUUUCAAUACCUCACCUUUUCAUUACUUUUCCUGAAUCUUUCUUGUGGGUGUUACAUAUCUGAAGUUGCGCUAAGAUUUCUUGAAAAUAAUUUUGAUGUCUAUGCCCUUUGAGGAACAUGAUUACAUAGGCUUGUCAGAGGUUCCUGCAAUGGAAAACUCUGAAAAGAAUAAUGGUCUUCCCUUGGGAGAUAAUGAGAAGAAAAAUACCGCUAAAGUUUUGAACUUGAAGGCCACUGAGCUGAGAUUAGGCUUACCUGGUUCAGAGUCACCCGAGAGAGAAACAGGACAUGGUGGAGAAGAUAAGAACGGGUAUCAACUUGGCGUACUUAAGGGUUUUGUUUCAGGGGCCAAAAGGGGCUUUUCUGACACCAUUAACGGUGGUUCUGGCAAGUGGGUUUAUUCUGGGAGUGGUGGAUCUGAGGUGAACUUGGCUAAUGGUGGUGGCUUGUUCUCUCCCAGGGGUGCUAAUGGCGCUGCCAAGAGUAUUGGUGCUGGUGGAGUUGAGAGCGGAAGUCAGCAAACUUUUGUGGGUUCUGGGGUUGGAAAAGAAACUGUCCCUCAGUCACCUAAGCCAGUUCAGGAGAAGAAGCCUCAGGUUUCUGCUGCUAAUGGCCAUGCUGCAGCCCCUGCCGCUAAAGCGCAGGUGGUUGGAUGGCCUCCAAUCGGAUCUUUCCGAAAGAAAAUGGCUAUUAAUCCUCCCAAGACCGAUGAAGAUGCUGAUGCUAAGUUGGGAACUGGUUGUCUUUAUGUCAAGGUAAGUAUGGAUGGUGCCCCCUACCUGAGGAAAGUUGACAUCAAGAUCUACAGCAGCUAUAAGGAUCUAUCCUCAGCACUGGAAAAGAUGUUCAGCUGUUUUACAAUCGGUCAAUGUGGCUCCCAUGGGGUUCAUAUCCGUGAUGGAAUGAGUGAAAGUCGAUUAAUGGAUCUUCUACAUGGUUCUGAAUAUGUACUGACAUAUGAAGACAAAGAUGGUGACUGGAUGCUUGUUGGUGAUGUACCUUGGGAAAUGUUUAUGGACUCAUGCAAGAGGUUGAGGAUCAUGAAGAGUUCUGAUGCAAUCGGUUUAGCCCCCAGGGCCAUGGAGAAGUGCAAAAAUCGUAACUAGUGCAAUAUUCUGCUGCAAAAAGGGUUCAUUUUCUUCCAACGAGAGAAACUGAAAGAAUCCCCCUUUACGUGUAGCUGCUGGAAGCCGUGAUUUGGACUAAGAGUCAGGCACUUGGCUUUAUUAAGUGUAUCGUUGUCAGUCUUUUUAAGGCUUUUGUGUACUGGAGGAGAACAUGUUGGUGAAUGAGAUUAUAUGCAAAAGAAUAGUUACUUCACAGUUAUAGUAGAGGUGUAUUUCAUGUACUCGGGUUGUUGCCUCCUCAAGUUUGAAUAUGUACAUGCUUGGUUUGCUAACAACAAAAUCUCUCUCUGUUUCUCAAUCUCAAGCAUGUCGAAUCAAAUCCCAGUCGUACUGGUGUCUCAUGUAUUCAAUAGUGAGAAAGGAUGAAUAAACUGAUCAAGGAGAAUCCGUUUGAGAAGAAUCA